CUCCAGGUUUGAACGGGGGACUUCCGGUUAGGACAUUUGUGGCUCUUUGAGUGUUUAAGGUUGCCGACCCCUGCUUUAGCUACUUACACGUAAUUGACAUGUAAUUCUUUUUCACACAUAGUUAAGCCUUGAAGGUGCAACCCUGUGACGUAAAUUCAUAUCUGACGUUUGGGUUCAGGAUGUCAUGACAUAAUGCCCGCAGAUCAUUUUUUAUCUGUUGUGUUAUGACAUCCCCCUGUUCCUUUAAUUGGCACAAAAAGUAGGCCUCUUUUUUUGAAGCCCGGUCAAUUCAGGUUUUUCACAAGGCCGUUUUUUGGUGUUUUUUUUGAAAGGUUGACAAUGGGUUUCUUUAUAUUUUCAGCCACAUAAAUAGGAGGACCCAAUUUGAAAAUCCUGUUUUGGAAGCCAAAAGGAAGUUACAACACCGUGCCAUGCCCAACGCAGAACUUGGAAUCAAGCCAUUGCCAGUCCAGAGUUUCCGAGACAACGCUUCCUCAACCUUACCUAGGCCCAAACAUGUUCACCCGCGCCUUGCUCCUCAGAGGUCUCGCAGUGUGAGCGACCUGUCUCAAUAUCGGCGGGACAUUGCCGGAAUGUGCAGGCUAUAUGAGAAACCCCUCUUCACCCGGGACGCCUCCCAGCUGAAAGGCACCUUCCUCAGCACAACCCUUAAGAAAAGCAAUAUGGGCUUUGGAUUCACCAUCAUCGGUGGGGACGAACCUGACGAGUUUCUCCAGGUGAAGAGCGUCAUUCCGGAUGGGCCGGCGGCACAAGACGGCAAGAUGGAGACAGGUGACGUCAUUGUCUACAUUAAUGAAGUCUGCGUCCUCGGACAUACUCACGCGGACGUCGUCAAACUCUUCCAGUCUGUUCCCAUUGGCCAGAGCGUCAACCUGGUGCUAUGUCGCGGAUACCCUCUGCCCUUCGACCCCGAAGAUCCUGCCAACAGCAUAGUGCCGCCACUCGCCAUGAUGGAGAGGCCUCCGGUCAUCGUCAACGGGAGACAUAACUAUGAAACGUACUUGGAAUACAUUUCUAGAACUUCCCAGUCCGUUCCGGAUAUCACGGAUCGGCCGCCCCAUUCCUUGCACUCCAUUCCAGCAGAGAGUCAGCUCGACGGCGCAUUCCCACCACCCCUCCACGACGACAACGUCUCCAUGGCCUCGUCGGGAGCCACUCAAGCUGAACUCAUGACCUUAACCAUUGUGAAAGGGUCCCAGGGCUUCGGCUUCACCAUCGCGGACAGUCCCACGGGACAAAGGGUGAAGCAGAUCUUAGAUGUCCAGGGCUGCCCCGGUUUAUGUGAAGGCGAUCUCAUUGUGGAGAUCAACCAGCAGAAUGUACAGAACAUGAGCCAUGCCGAGGUAGUGGAUAUACUUAAAGAAUGUCCAGUUGGAAGCGAAACGUCUUUGUUCAUCCAUAGAGGAGGUAAGUCUGGGAAGUUGACGCAAUUACCAUAA